AUGAGCAGGCUCGGUUUGAGCCUUGCCACCCUUUAUGUCACCAGUGCCGUCGCCUUCGCUCCUUCGCUGGGGAAGCCCGCUCCCGCCGCCAGCCGCGCCGUGGUGGUGCAGUCGUCCGAGCAGCGGCCCGGGCAGGAGCCCGGAGAACCACCCGUCGCAGAGCGACUGGCCGGUGCGCUAUCGUCGGAGCAGCAGCCGUUCUCCCCGCGUUCGGCCGUCGGUGCGGCGCUGUGGACCGGCGCGGCCGACGCUGCGGCGCUGCUCACCUUUGCCGCAAUUGGCCGCGGCAACCAUAACUCGGCCGACGGCUCUGUGCUGACGACCGCCGCCCCGUUCCUGCUGGCGUGGUUUGCGGUCAGCCCCGCCGUUGGUGCAUUCCCUGCCAAUGCCAGGACGGUGCGCGAUGCCGUGCUCCCCCUCCUUCCCGCGUGGGCGCUCGCGGUGCCGGCUGGCUGCUUCUGCAGGGGCCUGCUGCAGGACCGGCUGCCGGCUUCGCCCUUCUGGAUCGUAGCCUUGAUCGCGACGGCGGUGCUGCUCAGCGCGGGCCGGCUGGCGCUGCUCCAGAUCUCGGAGGGCGAGCGCGCCAUCGACCGCUUCGUCGCCGCCAUCGUAGACGAGGAUGGUGGGGACGACGACUUUUGA